AUGGCGGAGAUUGUACGACCGGCCAUGAAGAAACGAAGGCUAUCAAGCUCGGCUGAUAUGCAGCAAGCAAUUGCACAACCGGGAUCGAUCAAGAUCAAUGUCACUGGCGCUCAUAUCAUUGACCACGAAGAUGGAGACUCUUCACCAGAUCGAUCUCCCACCAGCAGCCAGCAGGAGGACGAGGAGCAUUCCUUUCAGCACCACAAGCGAGACAUUCGACUUCCGAACCAUACCGCGGUGGUGAGCCAUGUGGCAGCAGACAUUGGUGGCUCGCUUGCAAAGGUCGUUUACUUUACUAGAGAAAGCACAUCGCAAGAACUCGGCGGCAGGCUCAGCUUUCUUUCAUUUGAGACAGAUAAGAUUGACGCAUGCAUCGAGUAUCUGCGGACGCUCCAGGUGAAGCAUCAGCAAACGAAUGGCAUGGACAAGGCAACCAAACUGAGUAUCAUGGCGACCGGUGGCGGGGCUUACAAAUUCUACGAUCGAAUUAAGGAACGGCUUGGUGUUGAAGUCGAGCGGGAGGACGAGAUGGAAUGUCUCAUCAAGGGUCUCGACUUCUUUAUUACGCAGAUCCCCAACGAGGUCUUCACAUACAACGACAGCGACCCAGAUAAUGCAGUAGAGUUCCAGGAGCCACGAUCUGACGUCUAUCCUUACCUCCUGGUCAACAUUGGAAGUGGUGUUUCGAUGAUCAAAGUGUCUGGGCCAGCGCAAUACCAGCGUAUUGGUGGUACAUCACUUGGAGGUGGUACUUUGUGGGGACUCCUAUCUUUACUCACUGGAGCACGUAACUUCGAUGACAUGUUGGACAUGGCCGACAAAGGCGACAACAGCGCAGUCGAUCUUUUGGUUGGUGACAUUUAUGGAGAAGGCAUGGGUUACGAGAAGAUUGGCCUGAGCGAAAGGACGAUCGCGAGUAGUUUUGGCAAAGUGCUCAAACGAAAGCGAGAAGCAGAAAGACAGGCCGAAGAUGGCACUUGCAGUAAUGGCGAUACGAGGACGAAGUUCACACCUCUUACUCACGACAUGGACGAGGCCGCUGGUAGUGGUCUGGUCGGUGACGGCCGCAUGUUCAAACCGGAGGAUAUAUCGCGUAGUUUGCUUUACGCCAUCAGUAAUAACAUCGGUCAAAUCGCCUACUUACAAUCAGAAAAGCACGACCUGAAGCGAAUAUACUUUGGCGGAUCUUUCAUACGCGGCCACCAACAGACGAUACACACAUUAUCCUUUGCCAUCAAGUUCUGGAGUAAAGCAACGAAGCAAGCGUUCUUCCUGCGACAUGAAGGAUAUCUUGGCGCAGUUGGCGCCUUUGUAAAGCGAAAGCCGCCCAAUUGGGCUCGAGCCAUGAGUGCAGAACCAGGAGAUGAAUGA